GGAAUCCUGAGCUGGAUUGAAGGGAAAGGCCCAUGAUCUCCCGCUAGAGGGGCCCAGAUGGGGUGGACCCAGGGGUGGCUGCCCGGGGCCGGAGCACCAGUCUCUUGUCCCCGGGCGCCGCCCCCGUGUCCCGCCCGCCCCACGCUCCGCCCCGGUCGCCGCUCGUCCCGCGUGGGAGCCGACCCGGCUCAGCCUGAUUUACGGCUCUGCUGAAAACCGCUAGCGCGGCUCCCGCAACAUCAGCACCGGCGGCUGCAGCGGCAGCAACAAGUCGGGACUUUCAGAGUGAUGCAACAGACCACUUUUGAGGAAAGCCGGUACCGUUGGCAGGACUCGCUGGAGAAUGUUGCUGUGUGCCUGCCAUUCCGCUGCCCGAGGUGUGGAGACCAUACCAGAUUUAGAAGCUUGUCGUCCUUGAGGGCCCAUCUGGAAUUCAGUCAUAGCUACGAGGAGCGGACCCUCCUGACAAAAUGCAGCCUCCUGCCAUCUCUCAAGGACACAGAGCUACUCAGGUCCUCAGACCUCCCGAAGCAGGGAAAACUGCUUCGGGGCCACGCGAAGGUGACCAAGCAGAAGCCGAGCUAUGUUAACUUAUAUAGCAUCUCCCACGGGCACUCCAAGGACACGAAACCCUUUGAGGUGGUGGCAGAGAGGCCCGUGUCCUAUGUGCAGACCUACACGGCCGUGGACAUUCGGGCUGACUCUCUGGAUGCUCCCCGGUCCAGCCCUGGACUCCCCACCCAAGAUACCAAAGCUGCUUUCGAGGCUCACGUCCGGGAAAAGUUCAAUCGCAUGGUAGAGGCCGUGGACAGGACCAUCGAGAAGAGAAUCGACAAACUCACCAAAGAGUUGGCCCAGAAAACCGCCGAACUGUUGGAAGUCCGGGCGGCCUUUGUGCAGCUGACUCAGAAGAAGCAAGAAGUUCAGAGGCGAGAACGCGCCCUGAACAAACAGGUCGACGUGGCUGUGGAAAUGAUCGCGGUGCUGAAGCAGCGCCUGACGGAAUCUGAGGAGGAGCUCCUGAGGAAAGAGGAAGAAGUCGUCACCUUCAACCAUUUCCUGGAAGCAGCGGCAGAGAAGGAGGUCCAGGGAAAAGCGAGGCUCCGGGACUUUAUUGAGAACCUGCUGCAACGGGUGGAAUUGGCGGAGAAGCAAUUGGAAUACUAUCAAAGCCAGCAGGCUUCCGGUUUCAGCCAUGACACUAGCGAGCACGUGCUCACAGACAUCUCAUCGAACAGGAAGCCCAGAUGCCUAAGCCGAGGGCACCAGCCUUCUGUGUGCAAUCAUUCUGAGCUGAGGACUCAUUUCCAUCUGAAAGGGAGAAGCUACCUGAAGAAAGCCAAGGAUGAUCGAGCAGGGAUGCAGCCCGCCAAGGCCAUUCACGAACAGGCUGAGUCUCCGAGAGAAUUCUUCAGACCAGCCAAGAAAGGGGAGCACCUGGGCCUGAGCCGGAAAGGGAACUUCAGGCCCAAAAUGGCUAAAAAGAAGCCUACAGCAAUCGUGAAUAUCAUCUAACGCUUGGGCAGCUCCAAAGUAUCACAACGGGGCUUAUGGAAUGGUGUUCCAGGGGCCAACAGCGCUGUCCUUUUAGACGUGUGGCCGUAGGAAGACAUAGCAGGAACACAGGGAACACAACACACAGGGUCACUCUGAUUAACCAGAAUUUAACACAGAGGGUCUCAGUAAGCCAAGAUUUUAUUUUGACCUCCUUUAGGUGCAAGGGGAAUUACAACAAAUAAAAAAUAAUAAUAAAGUAAAACUUGAAGCACUCACAUUGUAUAGUUCUGGUAAACACGAACCUGUUACUUCUUAAAUCAUUGGCCAGUCUCCCACAGACCUGGCACCAGGGGUUCGUCUACCCGGUCCUCAUUUAGUAUGUGGGCUGCACAAGAUGCCAGACUCUGGUGUCCACUGCUCUCUGAAUUAUGAGGCAAGGAAUAUGACUGUGAAGUUCUUCUACUUUAAAGAAAAAAUAUUAUUUUUGGUGUUCUUGCUAUGCUAUAUAGCCCUGGCUGGCUUGGAGCUUCAUAUAUACACCAGGCUAGCUUUGAACCUGCAGCAAUUCUCCUGCCUCUGCCUCCUGAGUGCUGGAAGUACAGUGUGUGCCACCACACCCCAGCUGGGAGUGUAAAGCUCUUAUUGAGAACAGUGAAAUAAAAGGCUUUUGUUGUUUGUUUCUGAGUAGACUCCCUUUGAUGCAUUUGAAAGUCACUAUGGUAAAGGUUUCUUACCCUUGAGUAUUCUGGUUAAUCAAGACUUUAAUCUCCGGGUGGGUUACAGGCUGCCUUCAGUUAGACCUCGGUUCUCUUUGCCAGGUGGCUUUUAGAGUUGAUUGAGUCACAUCCGGGUCCUUCAAAGCAUAUUUAUUCAGGGCGCACCCCUCCUGCCUUCUUCAGCUAAGCACGCUGUACCCUCAAGAGCUGUCUAUCAGCCUCUGUAGAGAUAGCUGCUAAAAACCCUUGGGGUCCGCAGCGUCUUUAAUUUGGCGCCCAAGUGCUUGAUUGCUAGAGGAGGGCAUAUUCAGGGUACCAUGGCCAUCCUGGCUAUGCUGCCGGAACGCCCAAUAUUCUACCAUCACCUGCUUCUCUGGAAGUACCACCGGCAUGCUACUGGUUUCUUAUGAGCAUGCUCUUUGCUAACUUCCGUUUCCACCCGGAAGCUCACUUUGCCGCCUGUUGCUUCUAUGGCUGGUGUACACUCUCCUUCCUGUCAGGCACAUGUCUGGGUUGUUCAUUGUGCGGUGCAUUCUACUGUAAUUUCAGAUGAAAAAGAAUGCAUGUGGAAUAUGGCCUGUGGCAUUGCCCUCCCCAAGUGGCAUUUUCCCAUUUGAAAAAAAAAAAAAAGAAAGAAAGAAAAACUUUCAAAAAUUUCCUGGUUUAAAAUUUUCUUCCAGAAGGAUUUUUUAUAUUUUUCCUUAAAUUGAGCAACACCAUCAGGUCUCUAGAGUAUAUUUGUGCUGACAUUCUUCCUAAAACAAGAUUAAUGUUGUCCGUAAGUAUAUACAUACAUAUAUAUUAUAUACACUAUAUAUAUGUCAAGUAUAUGAAUAGUUUAUUUUUAAAUACUCAUGGAGAAAGUGUGUGUUUGUGGUGGGUGGCUUAAAAACGAUAUAGCCUUGUUUCUGUAAAUCAAAUUCCUUUACUUUAUAAAUUAAGAGUGUAACCUAACAUUAGUAGAAUUAUUGUUAUUGCAACAAGCAUCUGAUUAGCAUAUUAUAUUAAAAAUAGAUAAUAAAGCAGUUCUUUGGGAUGACAAUAAAUUGAAAAGGAGAACUCGUCAUUUUCAGGUGCUUUGAACCUGUCCUUGUGGAGGAGAGGUCGUUGUUUGAGUCUUCACUGACUUCCGGCCUAGGGCCUCAGAUCUUCGUGUGGUGUGCAGGCAGAUUCUAAGUGGGGAAAGGAAUAGCUGAGGAGCCUAUCACUGCUGAGACUGACGUUGUGAAAGCUGUAAUGUUAUUAUUUAUUCGGAUAAGGAAUUUCCUCCAUAGCUAUUAUUGAUGUUUAUAUCAUGGUGGUGACUUAGCUUUGCCCACACAGAAAAUGUGACUUGCCCAUUGUGUCGCAUGCCCCCUGUCCCGUAGCGUGUGCACAGUAAGAGCACCUCGGUUUUGACGAUCACAUAGAUUUGUUUCGUCUUUUAUUUAAACUAAGUCAUUUUUGGUGUUUCUUU